AGCCCGGCGUGGGCAGGGGCUGGAAGCCGAGCUUGCUGCAAGUGGAGGCGCGGCGUCUCCCCACCCCCGAAAGCGGGCGGUGCCGGGCGCGUGCGCGCCUCCCCGGGGCCUGAGCGCGCGGCUGGCACCCCCGGCGGCCCCUACCCCUGCCCCUGGGCGCGCGGAGCAGCCACCUCCCCGCGUGCUUGCGGGCGGCGCCGAGACCCGCCGGACACGCGCCGGCCGGGACCACAAACCCGCAGAAGCCCGGGGCGCUGCCGGCGAGCCGGCGAGAUGGGGCAACUCAAUGGUCUCGUCUGCAGAGUUGCCGCUUCCCUGUCUCCAAAUGCCAGCUGUCAUCGGGAAGCCGCCAGCGCCAGACUUAAUCUUUAAAAUAAGCCGCUGCAAGGCGUGGCUGGCGCGGCCCGGCAGAGGUGGCCGCGGCUGGGAGUGACUCGUUUUGCGCCGGAAAACAGCGAGGAAGAAGGCGAGGGCAGAGCAUCCUCGGGAGGAGUUGCUUUUGCAAAAUCAUCCAUGGCAGCAGUAGGAACAAUUUUCUUUGGCGUUGUUUCUACUGAGCGGUUUUUCUCAGCGAAAUGCUAUUUUGGUUAAAAGAAGAAAUGGCCCACCAGGAGCUCACCCGGCGACUGGCAACAGUGAUCACUCAUGUCGAUGAAAUUAUGCAGCAGGAAGUCAGGCCCUUGGUGGCGGUGGAUAUAAUAGAACAACUUCACAGGCGAUUUGCCAUUCUUUCAGGUGGCCGAGGGGAGGAUGGUGCCCCCAUCAUCACUUUUCCAGAGUUUGAGGGGUUCAAACACGUCCCAGAGGAAGACUUCCUGAACGUCAUGACCUACUUGACUAGCGUCCCCAGUGCGGAGGCUGCCAGCAUCGGGUUCAUCAUUGUUAUCGACCGGCGAAGGGACAAGUGGAGCUCCAUAAAGGCAUCCUUGACACGAAUAGCUGUGGCAUUUCCAGGAAAUUUACAGCUCAUAUUCAUUCUGCGUCCAUCCUGCUUCAUCCAGAGGACAUUCACUGACAUUGGCAUUAAAUACUAUCAAGAAGAAUUUAAAAUGAAAGUGCCGAUCAUCUUGUUAAAUUCUGUUUCUGACCUUCAUGGCUACAUUGACAAAAGCCAACUGACACAGGAGUUAGGGGGGACUUUGGAAUAUCGCCACAGUCAGUGGAUAAAUCAUCGUACUGCCAUGGAAAACUUUGCCUUGACAUUGAAGGCCUCUGCUCAAAUGCUGCUGACGUUUGGGGCCUGCCUGGCCUCAGCGGAGCUGCCCAGAGGCAUGUCGUCCACUGAAGACCUUCUCAUGUCCCACAAAAGGCAGAGGAACAAGCUGCAGAAUGAGCUGAAAUUGCUUGGAAAGCAGGGGGCCACAUUGCUGUCAUGUAUCCAAGAACCAGCAGUCAUAAAUCCUGCCAGCAAACUCAAUCCCAAUGAACUUGAGAAUGUUGUUACCAUGGAAAGGCUGUUAGUUCAGCUGGAUGAAACAGAAAAGGCCUUUAGUCAAUUUUGGUUUGAGCAUCAUGAGAAGCUUAACCAGUGCCUACAACUACAGCACUUUGAGCACAAUUUUUGUAAGGUUAAGCUUGCCCUGGAUAAUUUGUUGGAAGAGCAAGCAGAGUUUACAGGCAUUGGAGGCAGUGUGACGCACGUGGAGCAACUUCUUAAGGAACACAAAAAACUGGAGGAAAAGGGCCAGGAGUCCUUGGAAAAGGCCCAGCUGCUUGCGCUGACUGGGGACCAGCUCAUCCAGAGCCACCAUUAUGCAGUGGACUCCAUCGGGCCCAGGUGUGUGGAACUUAGACACCUCUGUGAUGACUUCAUCAAUGAAAACAAGAAAAAAUACGACAUUUUAGGAAAGUCCUUGGAGUUACAUAGACAGCUAGACAAGGUCAGUCGAUGGUGCGAGGCAGGAAUCUACCUCCUGGCUUCCCAAGCUGUAGACAAGUGCCAGUCUCGAGAGGGAGUUGACAUCGCCUUGAACGACAUUGAGACAUUCCUGAGCACAGCCAAGGAGUACCAGUUGCCUAGCCCCAAGGAGUUUUAUAACCAGUUUGAGUUGAUACUCACCCUUGAUGUGGAGGCCAAAGCCCAGAAAGUCUUGCAGAAGCUAGGUGAUGUGCAGGAAAUAUUUCACAAGAGGCAAGUGAGUCUAAUGAAACUGGCAGCCAAACAGACUCGCCCAGUGCAACCUGUGGCCCCUCAUCCUGAGUCUUCCCCAAAAUGGGUGUCAUCAAAAAUCAGCCAGCCUUGCACCUCAGCUCUUCCUCUGAGAGCGUCUGAGGAACUUCCUAUGGACAGAGAUUUGAGCUCCCUGGAAAAGGAAGAUGAUGAGACUAAAUCUGAAGUCAAGAAUGAAGAAGUCCUUGAAAGUAGUCACAACAGGGAGAAUGCUGAGCUGGAGCCCCGAGCCAGUGGAGACCUUUCCCCCAGCAGGAGCCUCAUAUGUGACUUGCUUCAGACUGAAGAGAUUUAUAUAAAAGAAAUUAAAAGCAUAAUUGAUGGAUAUAUGACUCCAAUGGAUUUUAUUUGGCUAAAGCACCUAAUUCCAGAUGUUCUUCAGAAUAACAAGGACUUUCUCUUUGGGAAUAUUAGAGAACUUUACGAAUUUCACAACAGGACUUUUCUAAAAGAAUUGGAAAAGUGUGCUGAAAACCCUGAACUUCUGGCACACUGCUUUCUCAAGAGAAAAGAAGAUCUUCAAAUAUAUUAUAAAUACCAUAAGAAUCUGCCCCGAGCCAGGGCAAUCUGGCAAGAAUGUCAAGACUGUGCAUACUUUGGGGUAUGCCAGCGCCAACUGGAUCACAACCUCCCUCUUUUUAAGUAUCUUAGAGGACCCAGUCAGAGACUUAUAAAAUACCAGAUGCUGCUGAAGGGUCUGCUGGAUUUUGAGUCUCCUGAAGAUCUGAAGAUAGACCCAGGGGACCAGGAAGGAGGCUCAACUAAGAAUGGGCCAAAGAGAACCAAAAAUUCACCGUUCUCAGCUGAACUACAACAAGCUUUAGCAGUGAUAGAGGAUUUGAUCAAGUCCUGUGAGCUGGCCGUGGACCUCGCAGCGGUCACUGGAUGUCCGGAUGAGAUUGGGAAACUGGGCAAGAUGUUGAUGCACGGCCCUUUCAAUGUCUGGACGAUUCACAAGGAUCGUUAUAAAAUGAAGGAUUUUAUUCGAUUUAAGCCCAGCCAAAGGCAAAUCUAUCUAUUUGAAAGGGGAAUAGUGUUCUGUAAGAUACACACGGAGCCUGGGGAUCAGGGUCUGUCUCCUCGUUACAGCUUCAAGAAGUCUAUGAAGUUGAUGACACUUUCAAUUCACCAAGUUGGAAGGGGGAGCAAUAAAAAGUUUGAAAUUGCCAGCCGAAACGGACUUGAGAAAUACAUCCUGCAGGCAGCUUCAAAAGAAAUCAGAGACUGCUGGUUUUCAGAAAUAAGUAAAUUAUUGAUGGAGCAACAAAACAAUAUUAAAGGCUCCUCCAGCAGCGACUUUAUCUCCACGGAAACCUUUGAGGCGAGUGACGGUGCGGAAGACUUGGAAAAGGAGAGCAGCGCUCUCAGCCUGGCCGGACUUUUCCGGUCGGACGACAGUGAUGAAACCUGUCCCUCCAGAUGGGUUUUGCAAGAGCCGGGAGAAAGCGUCCCGGGAGGAGAAGGCGGUGCGCAGGAAACGGCGUCCAGCGGCACCGAAGAGCAAGCUGGGGGAUCCCCGGGCGUGCUGGCUCCCGCGGGGGACACGGCAGGUCCCUGGGCAGAGGCGGUGCCGGCGAGGGCAGGAUGCCCGAGGUCGUCCUCCCUGCAGAACUGACCCUCCUCCUGGGCUCGGCGGGACGCCGGGUGCAGCCAGCGUCCCAGGGAGAGGACGCCGAGGGACGCCUUCCCGGCCCACGUCCGGCCCGCGGAGCCGCUUCUGCCCGCCGCGGGGCUCCUUACGGCGCCCGCAGAGGCGAGAGGAGCCCAGAGCCCACGCAGGGCUCAGCUCGGGGCUGGAAUCUCAGCCUCUGCCCUCUGGCUCUUGGGGCCAAGCAGUUCUUUGCGGCAGUGCCUUCCUUGCUUUGAAGGAGGGUUAGAAGCCUCCCUGGCCUCUACCCACUAGGUGUAAUGUGCCACCCCUAUUUCCCGCCUCCAAAUUGUGACAAUCAAAAAUGCCUUCAGACAUCCCCAAAUUACUCGGGAAUCAGUUGAGAACCACUUAGCCUGACCCUUGGAGGCGCUUGAGCAGCUCAGCCCCACCCAGGAGCGGUGCCCCCUUCGCAGAGUCUCCGGGAGACUGAUAAGACGGUGCCUGUGUUGGUGGUAUGACUGUUUCACUUCCGAGAUGGUUGGUUCCAAGUUAAUUUCUGAAAUAUUUACCUGUAGAUUUAUUAGUUUUUAAAUUAAUUUUAUUUUCACUUUUAUAAUUUUUUUUGUUUUAUUAGUUUAUUUUCAUUUAUUUUUAGCUUUCUAGUUACUUAACUCUAUAGUUUUAGUUACUGAUUUAUAAUUAUUUUAUUUUCAAGGUUACUUUUCAAUUAUUAAUUUUCAGUUAUUUAUGUAUAUUUUGUUUUAGGAAUUUUAUACUUUAAAAUUAAUUCACUUAGAAGUUAUUUUUAAUGAUCUAUCGUUACAAUGAUCUCUUAUUUAUUUUCAUAGGUAUUCCAUUUUAAGUUAUUAAAAGUUUUGAGCUAUUUAUUUUUACAUUUAUUUAUUUGACUAUUAAAAAUUUACUGAAAGUUUUGAAUUAGUGUAGAGUUAUUUAUUUUCAAAGUGAAAUAUUUUUAGUUAUUUUAAGGGGUUGUCCCCCACUUAUCUAGUUUUAGAGUUGCUUGUGUUCACAGGUAUUUUAUAGCCUAAAUUGUUUAAUGUUAUAUCCAUUUAUUCUUAUUUUUUUUUAGUUAUUUGGUUUUUAAUUCUCAUUUUGAGAGUUAAUUCAUUUCUGAACAUAUUUUCUGGACUUGUUUUCAGAGUUUUUGAGAUGUUUAGUAUUUUUUUUUGGAAAAGGUUAGAAGCCACAUAGUACCUGACUUCAAUUCUUUUUUUUUUUCUUUUUUUUUUAUUGUUAAAUCAUAGCUGUUUACAUUAGUGCAAUCGCCUGUACCCAUUCUAAGAUGCACCAUAGGUGUGGCCCCACCCAUUACCCUCCCUCCACCAAAACCUCCUGCCUCCCUUCCCCUUCCUUGGCCCUUUCCCCAUAGUCUUGUGCUAUAGUUGGGUUAUAGUCUUCAUGUGAAAGCUGUAAUUUAGCUUCAUAGUAGGGCUGAGUACAUUGGACACUUUUUCUUCCAUU